AUGCUGCUUUCCCUACUUUUGUUCCUGUUCCUUCAACGUAUAUGCCAAUUCACCAAUGCCGCACCCAUCCCAGACCUCGACAGCAUAGUCAAUGUCUCCCCGUAUUGCCACGACUGCAGAACGCCGAAACGCAUGGUAUACGGCUGUGUCGUGACAAUCUUCGCAUGCAUAUGGGGUGCCAUCCAUCCAGACAUGCCCGAUCCAAGUGAAUUCAGAAGCCGGCAGCUUCUACGUCGCAUGGGGUUUGCUCUUUGUGCGCUUAUUGCUCCAGAAUUGUACGUUUGGAUAGCGGCUCGUCAGUGGGUGGCUACGCGUCAGUUAUGGAAGAAAUACGGAGGAGAAUGGCCGGAUUGGACGCACACCCAUGGAUUCUUCUUGCUCAUGGGGUGCUUCGCUGUCCGUAAAGAGGGGCAGCCGCAUCAGCUAUUUCCUAAGGAGUUCUCCGAGAAGCUGGAGAAGAAUGAAAUCGUAUUUCGUGACACAACCAAAGAAGAAAUACAUGACAGGAGUAAGGCAAACUUCUUGUCCAAGGCUGUGAUCAUGCUUCAGAUGGGCUGGUUCAUGUUACAAAUCAUUGCUCGACAGCCCGAAGGUCUAGUGACAUCCCCGCUGGAGUUUGUCACCCUCGCCUUCACGUUGAUGACCCUCACGAUGUAUUUUUUCUGGUUCCACAAGCCGCUGGACGUCACUCGUCCUGUGAUUCUUCGUUGUCAGCCACCGCAAGGGCAUACGAAGGUUUCCUCCGACGAUGAAGGGAAUGUAACUGAAAAGGGACCGGUCGUCGGACCAUCUAGUCCUGUCAGUAAGGAUCUUACCAAUAAAAAGGAACGCGUUCGAGAUUCUGCGGUAGUAGAAAUGGUGAGUCGAGCCUCUUCAUGA